AUGGCUGGUGUGGGCGCAACAAAGCUACACAACACCAUGGCGAGAGCCCACGGCCCGACCAGCGCCUCUGGCGGCGGCGGCGACCUGCUACUGCUGCUCUCCCUCGUCAUCCUGCUCGCCGCCCCGGCCGCGCGCGCCUUUGACCCCGACUUUGGAUUCUACCCCAAGGACGCGCGGGACUGCCUCUACGCCGCGGCCAAGACGUCGCAGUGCCAGGGCAGCACGUCGGGCGUGCUCAACGCGUGCCUGUGCAGCAACGGCGGCGGCUUCGUCGACAUCGCCGCCGAGUGCCUCGGCAAGAAUGACAAGGAGGACGUCGGCAAGGUCUACGGCAUCAUGGUCGACGCCUGCGCCACGUCCAGCACGCCCCUGACCGUGGACAAGGACGCCUUUGAGGACGCCGCCAAAAAGGGCGCCACCGGGGACGCCAAGACGACUUCGAGUAAAAGCAGCACCGCUUCCUCGACCACCUCUGCAACAAACACGGCAGCAGCAUCGCCGACGACAACGUCGCCGGCGGCGGCGGCGGACGACGGCAAUCAACAGCCAAAGCUCUCCACCGCUGCCACCAUUGGCAUCGCGGCAGGCGUCUCCGUCGCCGGCGUCCUCGCCAUUGCCGGCAUAGCCUAUGGCCUCGUUCGGCGACGCAAGCGCGGCACCGCCGCCGACGAGGCACACCCGAUGCUCCCCCCAGAAAAGUACGGCGGCGGCGGCGGCGGCACCAACGUCGACAGUCCCACCACGUUCCUCUCCCACGGGCCGUCUCCAAGUCUCGGCAGCCCUGGCUUCGAGCAGCAGGGAGCAGCCAAGUCGCACUACUCGGUAUCGACCUUUAGCGGCAGCAUGCUACCGCAGCAGCAGCAGCAAAGUUACACACCUCUGCCCACGAAUACGAGCCCGGCGGGCACGCCACAGCAGCAGCAGCAGCAAAACUUUCUGUCUGCGUGGGAGCCCCCGACGAACAACAACGGCAACAACAACACGGCGUACGACCCCAGCCCGAGAAACUCGCAGUACGUCGGGCCGUACGCCGCGCCGCAAGGCGGCCUGGCCGAGUUGCCCCCGCAGACGCAGCCGCCGCCGCAGCAGCAGCAGCAGAGGCCCGUGAGCAACGUGUUUGAGCUCGACUCGUGCGGCGUCGAGGCACAGUCAACCCAGCCAACCGUGCAACCACCGGCAGUGCAGUCGCCCGAGCCAGCUAUGGAACCGCCCAUCGCGGCGUCGCCGCCGCCGCCGCCGCCGCAGCAACAGCCUCCUCCUCCUCGGGAGUACAGGCCGUAUGUACCACAGUGA